GCUGGCGGUGGAGGUGGUGGAGGUGGUGGAGGCGGUGAAGGACAAGGUACACAAGUACAGGGUGUACAAGCAGGACCCGCCGGUAGAGACGGAGCAGCGGCAGCACAUUGUGCACAAGCUGCACAAGCUGAACAUAGUAUACAUGGAUUGGCCACUGGUGGAGGCGGACAACACAAUGGUCCUGCUGGUGGGAAUAAGCUUGGUAUUGAUGGAAGGACAAAAAUGUCCUAUGAUCUUGACGGAGUUCACAUGAUUGCUUAUACAGCGUAUCCCAAAAUAUGUCCGUCGUUCAAUCGUGAAUAA